AAUAGAAGCAACGCACCUAGCCAUUCCUGUUAUUGAUUUUGUUACGUGGCGCUGUCAUGGAGGAUCUUCUGCUGCAGAUUGUGAGGGAGGCCCUUAACGCGAGACUACCGAGUCUACGUAAAUCGGCGCAGGAAGCACACGAUUUUUUGGACAAGCAACAAGGACUCUUGAGAGAUCCGCCUCACGAGCUGCGAGCAAAAUGUCUGCACACUUUCCAGUUAGCUUUGGAAACAAAGAGAAGCAAAUUCGUAGCUUACGGGCUAGCCGGACUACACAAAAUGUUAAGGGACGACAGAUUCCAACCGCCCUACGAACCCGAGGACGACUCCUUGUGGCUACCGGCACAAAUUUUACAUGCAAUGGGAUCCAUACUUUCGCAGUCGGAUGACACACAAACGGAUAUGCUGAAGGUUCUACUGCAAGUGGCGUGCUCCUCUUAUUGGACGAUGAAUGGGCGGUUGAUCAUCGCUGUGCUGACCACGUGCUGCGAAGCAUUUGAAAAUGGAAAUCAAGCAGUGAGAACAGCGGCACAGGCAGCCACUAGUCAGACACUGCGAUCAUUUUGUUUGUUUUUAGACGAGGAGUGCCAAGAAAUGGAUGAAAAUGCAAAAAGAAAUAAAAAUGUUCGCGAGCGAGGAGUAUCCUGCUUUAACGAAGCUAUACCGAUAUUACAAUACAUUUGUAGCAAGCUGGACGAAGCGCAAACUACUGGCCGAAACGGAUGCACCGUGGUAUUCUUGCUGGAAUGUCUACACACUUUGAUUUCAUCCCUUCCGCAAAAGAUACAUACGAAUACACAUUUCACGACAUUCCUCUGGCAAAAGUUUUGUCCCGCUUUAAUAGCAUUCCUGGGUACACCCAGAGUAGACAAAACCUUUACGUCACGAGAGGGCAAGGAGUCUGAAGUGGGCAGGGGAUCAGGAUACCUGGCAACUUCCUUAGGAUUCGAUAGCCAUCAGGCGAAGACCGUGUAUAGUAUUGGUACCGAAUUGGUACGACUAGUCGGAUGUAUAGGAUCCCUACGUCCCGUACUGGAAUCCGUAUUUCACCGGAUGCUUCUCUAUCCACCUCCGCAACAACGUCUUGAACCUUUAAAAGCCCUUAGAGAACUCUUACGCAGUCCCAGUCGCGUGGUCGACUUUGCAGGACCAUUAUUGCUGGAAGAUGAGAGAAGCAGCCAACUUCAGAGCGAUAUGGCUCUUAUGCGCCUAGCCAUGGACUCUAUAGAAGAGUCGAUUGUAGCAGGACCUACAAUUUUGCAUGCCAGUGUUGCAUGCGUGGUAGCAAUGUUGUCUGCCUUACAAGAGCUGUGCGAAGGUCGAGCUAUCAGUCAUGGCUAUACGUGCACCAUUAAUGGUUUAUAUGAGGAGUUAGAAGCUUGCGAUUAUAGAGGACCUUUGACCUAUCAGAGCAUGGCACGAUUACCCAAGACCUAUAGGGAGCAAUUAGAACUGAUGAGGAAAGGUGGUAGUACCGGAAACGGUAUUGGCGGUGGUUCCGAUUCUGAAUCAUCAGGUCACGGACCGUCUGAAAAUGGUGACUCAACGGACACCGAAGGCCCCCAAAAUGAGUCUGAUGAUAUCAACGAAGAGAACAGUCCCGAUGAGAAUGAUUAUGCCUUGGAGAAUGAGAGGGAGAGACUGAGACUUGAAAAGUUACCAAAGUGUCUUCACGUAGGUAGACAAGUUGCCGAAGAGUGUAAUGUUGACGUUGAACGUCACAAUGCAAGACGUUUUGCUAAAACUUUGAGAACCGAUCUGAUACCCAUGGUACUUUCAUUGCGAAGCAACAUAGAGGUCGAUGAGGCGUUACAGAAUUUCGCGUCCGAGUACUGUCAAGGUGUUUUUGCGGCACAGCAACGGUUGCAGGAUCAGGGUGAUACAAGUGUAGAUACUUGUGCACUUAUAACAAUAAUGAACGCGGAUGGAAUAUAUUUAGCUACGUAUGCAGCACUUUUGUUGAAUCUCAAAUUAAUUAAAAUGAAUUAUUAUAAAGAGGAGGGACGUCUGAUUCCCAUAAGCGAGGAACAAUUCGUCGAGGAGGUUCACGGGUCUGGUGUUUUAGUUUAUUUAUCAGCAACGUGGCUCUCUGAAUUGUAUCAGCAAGUAUUAGCGUGUAAUUUAUUAGAAAAGUGCGGAUACGAUCCAGCCAGUACAGAGAACAGUGCUUUAGUGAACGUAUUGACAGACAUAGAUGGUCUCUACGGUAGUCAAAGAGGUGGGCAACUUCUGUCAGAUUAUCGCAGACUAGAACGUGCUCAGCUGUCUCGAAAUGAACCGACACCGGAAGCGGAAGCUGGCGCAAAGUUAUCAAGGAGAGUAUUAACGUGCUGCUGGGCGAGUAUGAUGUCUGUGCUGACUGCAGGAUUGAAUCCAUCAAAAGAAGAGAACGGCAAAGGCAUCUUAAAUCGCGAAGGCGCUGGACGUGAGAUUAAGGACACUGUAGUCCUGGCCCUUGAUGGACUUCACAGAGCUGCCACAUUGAGCAACGUCCUCGGACUCCAAAAUCGAUGCGGUUCCAUUUUCGGUCUUCUCGCUAAGGCAUCUUGUACGGAACAGUCUGUGUCCAGAUUGAGACGUACAAAGGACGUCCUGAGGCUCAAGUUACAAAAUAAAGCUACCAACGUGCACACUUCUCACGCAUUAAGUAUGGAAGUUUUACUUGGUAGGGGAUUGGAAUUAGGUAGUCACAGUGACGAUUGCUGGCCACACGUAUUUACGUGUUGCCUCUACGUGAGUAAGCUGGAACACAAUUUCUUUGGAAAAAAUCAAAAUCCAGCGUUGCCAAAGGCACAGUUGAAACGCGAGAAAGAACGUAAAGAGAAGAAAGACAAAAAAGAUAAUAACGGCGGUGUAACGAUAGACAAUAAAUCAACCCAGGACAGACUUCGUUCAAGUUUUAAUCUAGUCGAUGAAGACGAGGAGACUUGUGUCGACGUCUAUAGCUUUUUAUCAAGUCCCUAUACACAAAACCUCAGUACGGAUACCAUCCCCGAAAUUAUAAGAGAGUCUAACGCGGAUAAUCAAUUCAAUGGUAUUUUACCUGCCGAUUAUGCAGCGAAAAUAGUCUGCGUUUUAUCUCAAGAGGUCGAUAGGCUCUUUGAGGAUGCUGCGCUUAAAUUAAAUCUGCACGCUCUCUGCUCUUUCCUGACUGCGCUCUGCAAGGCGAGUAAAGCGCAGCUCUUCAAGUGUGCAGAUCAGUCGAAAGACUGUAACAGAUUUUGGUGGAGACGUAAAAUGCCAAGAGACGAUGAUCUCAGUGUCUUACUGUUGGCGCGUCUUGGAGAAGUGAUGCUAAAGUGUGUUAAAGGUGGUCGACCACUGAUACACGUCAUGAGGGUUUGGAGUAUACUGGGUCCUCACUUUAUGGAAGCCGCGUGCCACAAGGAUCGUGGAAUAUCCAAAAAAGCUGUUCAGUGCAUUCACGACUCGGUGGCGGCACUUUUGAACGAACAAAUAGAAUUGCCACACUUCCACUUCAACGAGGCGCUCUUUAAACCAUUCGAAAAUCUGCUAUGCCUAGAGCUCUGCGACGGUGAUGUGCAAGAUCAGAUCGUUAACAGUAUUUGCGAGUUCGUUGAAACAAACAGAACCGAAAUCCGAUCAGGAUGGCGUCCGUUAUUCGGUGCUCUGCGCGUAGCUUCGGUUGGAAAUUCAGAGUCCGUGGAAUCAGCGCCACUGUUAGAAGUCUUCCGUGUAUUCCUCUCGACAGACAAUACCCUGGUGUUCGCAAACGCAGCCCUGGAUUGCAUCUUAUGUUUACUGAAACACGUGAGAGGUCCUGGUGACGGAGACGUGGAAGAUACCUCAACAGGAAUUAAUGACGAUAAUGCAGAUGGCGCCAGACGUGAUCAAGUCCUGAGUACAUCCUUCAGCCCUAAUAAAAUGACAAUGGAUUCGCGAAAAAUGCGACUUUGCGUCGAGAGCCUUAAAUAUUUACUGAGCUGCAGCGACAUAUUGGCAUCCAUGUAUCGAAUGCCUGCCUGUCCGAUAUUCCAUUCCGCUCAAAGAAUUCAAGUAUCGACGAUUCCACAAUACGUCGAUCCAGUGAUACCAAAUUUGGAAUUGACCAGGUUCGAUCGCAACGCUGAAUCCAUGCAGGAGACAAUUCCUGAGAUGUCAUACAAGAUUUUAUCAACCUCCCACAAUGGCGAUCAGUCUCAGCAACCAACCAUCACGUUACAAAGUAUGGACAAGCCCAGUGGCAUAUUAAGGGUUUGGUAUAUACUGAUAGAAGGAUUAGCCAGUGCCACUAUGAUAUGUCCACGAAAGUAUCAGCCACAUACUUUGGAAACACUCUUUCACCUGUUACGUGACACUCUGAACGUCCCCGGACCAGCAUUCGGUCUCUAUUGUGUCAAUCACCUACUACUUCCGAUGGUUCAAAACUGGUUACGGAAGACUUCCAAGAUUUUUCGAGGCUGGGACAACUUUGCACCAAACUUCAAGCAAUGCUGUGGUCUCACUACUGAUCUGGUAGUGGAUUACAUAACUCAUCUCCAAGGUCCUGACGUCGUCAGAAACGAUACUUUCCUGGCAGCGACGACACUAAUGCUAAAACAGCUGUUGUUAGUAAUGGCCGAAUGCGUCGUGCAACCCACAGAAAGCAUAGCGAGACUCGGUUGUGCCUGUAUAAGACACGUGCUGGUCAGCAGUGGCCCAAAUUUAACGUCGGAGCAAUGGGAAGUAUGCGGAGUGGCUUGCUAUCGUGCUUGCUCGAAUUCACUUCAAGAACUUCAUCAGCUCACUAUGGCCUUCUCACCGCGAUCUGAGUCCUUCUACGGAGACGUUGCUCAGGUGAAGGUCGCAGCACGUCGCGACGCCACACCCGAGGAAUCCGAACGUUUGCGUCAGCUAGCCGCACAGGUGUUUCUGCUGGAGGAACAGCGUACCGAAGAGCUUGCAGGAAUCUCGGAUGAGAGAUCGUACGUCUUCCUCCUGUAUCCGCCAUCGGUUGCCGCAACGCUUAAUCCUGAUCUCUACAUAGUGAGAGUGCAGCUGCGAGCUUUGGUCGUUGGUCUCUUGGUGCAUCAGAUGCUGUUGCACUGCGUUGCCAGUGUUUUACUUCAGGGAGUUAGUCCACUGGUACCUAGCCUUGCUCACGUUAUUCUGCACCCGAUAACAUCAUCAUCCUCAAGAUCAACGGUAGAAACAUCAUCGUAUCUAUCCUACAUGAGUUCUAAUCAUGUCAGCACAUUCCUGUCAGCUUUGGAUCUCUCUUACGCAGCUGCUCUCAAGUUCGAUUGUCGGCCUGGCCUGAAAUUCCUAGUACAGAAAGUUGCUAAUCUGGACCAAGCGGCCAACUUGUAUAGGCAAGCCGGUGCAGCUUGGACCAUUAAGAUCGUAGCUCUGUUCGAGCUUUGCCUACGUGAAAUAUCGAAAUCUGAUGCUGAUGUAGAAACGGUUAAGAUGAUCUUAGGUGUCGAGGACAGCGAGGCCUGCGGGGAUGGAGAACCGUGCGAAACAAAGUAUAGCGAUUUACGAAAAUAUUUGAGAGAGUUGCAAACAACUUUCGAUAAGCUUUGCGAAACUUAUAUCGAAAUUGUCAUUGAUAAAGAUGGAGUACAUUCGAAAAUUGACAGUUUUGCGGAUAGGCAAGUUUUCCUUCUAGUUGCGCAACCCGAUGACUUUCCCGAAAUCAAACGGAAAGAAGCCAUGGAUAGUAAUGGCGCUCUGUCAAAGCAGCCUGCUGAACUAUGUAAUGCUCCUGCGGGCGAGCCUAAUUUCUCACAGGAUGACGAAGAGGAUUACGAGGACGUCUACAAUCCUAACUUGGACGAUGGUAGCGGCUUGGAAGAGUUAGGUCUGGCAGUAGAAACCGAUUCCAGACCGUUUCGAUUGUCCGAUCUAGCUGUCGAAUAUUCUACCGAUUCCGGACCCGAAUCGGAACCGGAUACAGAUGAUUCUAGACCUGCAUCAAGACUCGGAUCCAUAGACGAUAGAAUGGUUUAUCCUGACAGAUCGGAAGAGAGUUCUCGAGAAGGUUACGUAGAUUCGGAAAAGGUACCAGCGAGAUCGGAUUGUCGAUCGGUCGCAAUGCACAGACCACCAAGAACACGUCGAAGAAGCGAAACCUGCAUUCUCCUGUCGCAACAGAACAGUUUAAAAUUUGUCUACGAGAAAGUUGAAUCUGACGAUUGUAUAAAUUCAAAUGUCCAUUACGGUCCACCAUCACGUUCGCAUUCGGCAAUCGAAUUGCCAAUGAGUCGCGAGUCGAGAAAUUCCCCAGUAAAAUUACCCGCAGUAAGACUUCAUUAUUCUAAAAAGUCUCUAGCUAGUCCACGAGAACAAGAUAUGGAAUCGGAUGAACGAGAAUCGAAAUCAUGCACGGAAAGUUCCAGAGUUAAAGCACGCGACAAUAUGGGUCUCCUUCUGGACGAGUAUGAACGUACCAAAAAAAACCUCAGGACUAACCCCUUCCUCACCGAGAAUGACAGAAUAUCAAGUACCCCGGCUCUGCCAGUUAUUCCUCCAGAGGUUGAGUUACAGCGCAGGGACAGCAUCAGCAAAGACAGUGAAGCUCAUCGUCGUGCUUGGGCCGAGACUCUGGAUGCUGCCUUAGAGUGGACCCUGGCCUUACCGGACGAAAAGCUGACGCCUCUACUUCCGGUUCUGGUGAGAGGAAUAGGGAUCCUAACUCGACACGCGACUGAUCCGAUGCUCAAGCACCGGCUCUCCAGUCUCUUUUACCGGGUCGCUCUCCUCUACGGUCUCACGAGCAAGUAGGCAAGACUGUCUACCUUUCUGCCACUUCUGUUUCCUGUCGUUCUUGUCCUUUUUCCCCCGCGAUGCUUAACGCAACAUAUAGGACCUCUGCUCUAAUCGCACAGCAUUUAAUGCAGAUACGUAACGUAGCAAGUACGUAGGUUCCUAUUUUCGUCCGUCUCUCUCUUUAUCGUUACUUCAUUUUAAUUCAACAAUCACUCGCUCUGAGGUAUUACCAGUGUGUUACGCCACCAGGCACACACUCGCGUCUAUUGUUAAUCCAUAUGAAGGAUUUUACAGUUAAGUACACGUAAUAAUAUUUUUCGAUGCGCAUUAUUAUUGUUAUUAUUAUUGCUACGAUGGUCAUUAUUAUUAUAUGCGUCAAGUAUGCCCGUCUUAGAUUGGAGAUGCAUGCCAUUUAAAUGUUGUAUCCGCUAUGAAAUGUGAAAGAAAUACGAGGAACAAUGGUGUAAAUGGAACAGUAAAUGAAAUGAAGGAGAGAUGCAACGACA